GGAGAAGGCGGGGAGGCGGCCUCCUGUGCUCGCUGCAGCGGCUGCCACGUCAGCGCGGUCAGGGCCGAGCGGCGGCGGCGGCGGCGGCGGCAUGGCUCGGAUGAGGAAGGCAGCGGAGGCCUUCUGGGCCGAACUGGGCUUGCGGAUCGCACUGUUCACGGCCUUCCUGGUAACAGAGCUGCUCCCGCCCUUCCAGAGGCUCAUCCAGCCCGAGGAGAUGUGGCUGUACCGGAAUCCGUAUGUGGAAGCAGACUAUUUCCCCACCAAGUGGAUGUUUGCCAUUGCCUCUCUCUCCCCGCUGUCUCUGAUCCUCCUGGCCAAAUGUCUCAAGCAGGCGGACACCACGGACAGCAAACAAGCCUGCCUGGCUGCCAGCCUUGCCCUGGUUCUGAAUGGUGUCUUUACCAACACAAUAAAGCUGAUAGUGGGGAGGCCACGCCCCGACUUCUUCUUCCGCUGCUUCCCGGAUGGGCAGGCCCAUUCCGACCUGGCCUGCACGGGAGACGAGGAUGUGGUGAAUGAGGGCCGCAAGAGCUUCCCCAGUGGACACUCUUCCUGUAUGCUGCCAUGUGGACUCCACGCCUAUGGUUUGGGGGAUCACUGCAUUUCAUUUGCAUUUGCUGGGCUGGCCUUUGCUUCCUUCUACCUGGCAGGGAAGUUACACUGCUUCACGCCACAAGGCCGUGGAAAAUCUUGGAGGUUCUGUGCCUUUCUGUCACCUCUGCUUUUAGCAACUGUGAUUGCACUGUCCCGCACCUGUGACUAUAAGCAUCACUGGCAAGAUGUACUAACUGGGUCUGUGAUUGGCCUGACAUUUGCCUAUGUCUGCUACCGGCAGUAUUACCCUCCUCUGACUGACGCAGAAUGCCAUAAACCAUCUCACAGCAGACUUGUACUUCCUACUGCACAAAAGGACUCUGUGAAUCCUUAUCUGCUUGAUAUUUAGAAAUUGGAGCUACCUCAAUGGAGAAGAAUAGGUGAAUCAGCCCCUCUUCUCUGGACCAGGGGAAGACAAGAAUUUCCUACCGUUUGACCUGUUAAAAGAUACAAGUGAGGACAUUAGCAUUUCAUUGUGUUCCAUAUGAUUAUGCAGUUUUGCCCUUGCUCACAUGAGUUCACCAUGAGGAGUCACAAGGUUCUUUUUCACUACUGUAUGCCACACAUUCUCAUAAGAGAGCUUUCAAUAAUACUCCUACAGCAUACAAAUCUGGUUCAUAAGAUUGGUAUCCUAAGACCUACAGAAGUGUUUCUUUAUAUAAUGCCUUUUGUUGUUGUUAACCCUCACCAAGGAUAUUUUUUCCAUUGAUUUUUAGAGAGAGUGGGGGGAGGGGGGAGAGAAACAUCAAUGUGGAAGUGACACACACUUCAACGCUGAGGACUGAGCCUCCAACCAAAGUACAUGCCCUUGACUGGAAUCGAACCUGAGAUCCUUCGAUCCAUAGGCUGACACUCUAUCAACUGAACCAAACCAGCUAAGGCAAACCAG